AUGCAAUAAAUAAUAGAACCUUCAGGAACUCUGGGAGAUUUACUCUUUUCAUUAUAACGAUUUUCUUUGGAAGAUGAAAAGCUAAUUUAGUAUUUUGGUAGUCGAAUAAUUAAUUAAAAUGAAAUUUACUACAUUAAUUACUGCACUCCUUUAGAAAAAAAUUUAUUUUUAAAUUACCUUAUAAAUUUAUUUUACUCAAAUGAUGAUAUCCCAAAGUAAGAUAUAUUAUAUAUUGAUUCCUAACACAAUUUUAAUAUACCAGAACAUAUUUUUGUUGGUAAUUGUUAUUCAAUUGAAGAUAUUGUAAUUUAGCUGAAUUCAGCUAGAUAUAUUUUAAAAAAGAAUAGGAAAAUAAGGCUUAUUAUAAUUGAUUCUAUUCAUUAAAGAUAAAAAGACAAUAAAAGAAGAACUUCACGAACAAUUGGGGAAAAAAUUUUACAAUUUGAUCGUGAAGUUGAGUAUGUUUUAGAAGAACUUAUAAAUUUGUUAAGAGAAUUUAAUGCAAUUGUGAUAGUACUUUGUUUAAUGUAAUAUCCAUAAAAUACAAUAAAAUUAUCUCAAAAUUUUUCGUUUCUAAUUUCAGAAAAAAUAAUUGGUUAAUUAUUGGAAAAUAAUAUAUUUUUGAUUCCUCCAUUAUUUUAUGAUUAAGAAUUAUAUAAUUAUGUUCAAAAUAAGAAUUCUAAGAAUAUGUCGACUAGUUGUAUUUCGAUAAUGGAGAGUAAAAGCAAAAUAAAAUAUUAUAUAUUUGAUAGUAAUUAAAUAAUAUAAACAGGAGAAAUAGCUUAGAAUCUUUGA